UAAUACCCUUACAAUAAUAUUCCCGUGGUGAACUUUCGUCAAAAACCCUUCUUCAAACCUGCAAAUUCACAAAGGUCAAGAGUCGCCGGCACCACCGUAACUGCCACCACCACCGCCGGCUACUCCGUCUACAGUUAGUGAAGUGCAGGGGAGAAAAUGGAGCAGAGGCUAGCUAAUUCGUUAAUAAUGACGGUAAACGAAAAGAAAUUUAUUGAGAAUGCGUUAGUUUCGGACAUUAGGGUUGACGGCAGACGUCCGUUUGACUAUAGAAACCUAACUAUCAGGUUUGGCAGUGAAGAUGGUUCAUCAGAGGUGCAGCUUGGCAAGACUCAAGUGCUCGCGUUCGUCACCGGACAACUAGUUCAACCUUACAGAGAUAGGCCGAACGAGGGGACUUUUGCAAUUUACACCGAGUUCUCACCUAUGGCUGAUCCGUCAUUUGAACCAGGUCGUCCCGGCGACUCUGCUAUUGAGCUGGGUCGAAUUGUAGAUCGUGGUUUAAGGGAAAGCAGGGCCGUAGACACCGAAUCACUUUGUGUCAUUGCAGGGAAGUUGGUAUGGUCCAUUCGGAUUGAUCUUCACAUUAUAGAUAAUGGAGGAAAUCUUGUUGAUGCUGCCAAUAUUGCUGCUUUGGCUGCCCUUUCAACGUUCCGGAGGCCUGAAUGUACAAUUGGGGGAGAAGAUGGUCAAGAGUUGACUGUACACCCACCUGAUGUGAGGGAGCCGCUUCCGUUGAUAAUGCACCAUUUUCCAGUGGCAGUAACGUUUGGGUUUAUCGGCAAAGAAAACAUUGUGGUGAUUGACCCGACGCACUAUGAAGAGGAAGUGAUGGGUGGAUCAUUGACCGCUACUCUCAAUACAAAUGGUGACGUUUGUGCUAUUCAGAAAGCUGGGGGCGAUGGAGUCCUGCAGAGUGUUAUUAUGCAGUGUUUGCGCAUUGCGUCUGUGAAAGCCGGUGAUAUAACAAGCAAAAUAAAGAGUGCUGUCGAAUCUUAUAAUACACAAAGAGCAUUACGGAAAAUCAAACGUCAUAAUCCUUCAUCCGCAGUGAGUAAUGCGGCAAAGCAUAACGAAGAAUCCACACAAGUGAAUACCGAGACCAAAUCUAUCCAACAAUCUUCUGAUACCAACACAUCCGCUUCAACACACGACGUAACAAACAUUGGAUCACCAGAACAGCAAUCAAAAACACUAAAAGAUGCAGUGAAGCCGAAGCACAAGAAGAGAAAGAAGUCAACCUCCAAUGCUAAUGCAAGUUAGAUCAGCACUCACCCUCUUUAUAUCGGACUAUAUAAUAUAUGCGAUUAUUUGUGCCGGUUUUCAUCUAUCUGAUUUAGCUUUUUGAGACUUGGGAUAUGCAUUACAGUUUUAGAAGUAACUUUGCAAAAUUGUAGGAGAAAUGUUGUGUACAAAGACUAAGCUUAAAGUGAAGUAAGUGACCCGUGGCUGUUUCAAUUUUUGGAAAAUGAAUAUUAUUUUUUGGCGAGUCA